UACAACCGAACCAAAAUACUCGCUGACGAUAAAGAAGCACACGCACACACGCCUAGGCAAAUAACGGAAAUUGUGAUUGGUGCUUAUAUUAUAGCUAAUUAUGUUUUAUUUGCUUAUGCUACUAGGAGAUGUAUGAUGCUGUUGGCCACCCGCUGAGCCGGAGGGAGUGUCUCCAGAUAUUUCUAUCAUAAUUACCCACGGCAGGGUUGAAGAACUAUAGUCAAUCCAUUGCAUCCAAUGUGUCCUUUUUGGUAUAAUGAUGCAGUACUCAAAUUGGCUUAUUGGUGUAAAAAACAGAGCACACAUUCGCCAAACAUGUCAGACGCCUGACAUUGAAUGGAGAAGCAGGAGUUCCGUGAACAACAAUCAUCCACAGCAGCUAAAAAUAUCUUCGGUUUCUCUCAGCAACCAUCUUUGGAAAAAUGAUUACAAAUUAAUUAAGAAAAUUGGAGAGGGAACGUUUUCCGAGGUGUUGAAAACACAAAGCCUGAGAGAUGGAAGGUUCUAUGCCUGUAAAUCGAUGAAGCAGACUAUAAACAGUCUUGAACAGGCCAACAACCUGCGUGAGGUCCAGGCAAUGAAGCGACUAUGUCCUCACCCAAACAUCAUUCAGCUACAUGAACUCAUAUUUGACAAAGAGACGGGGUCACUGUCCCUGAUCUGUGAGCUCAUGGAGAUGAACAUCUAUGAGUUCAUACGAGGGCGACAGCAUCCUUUGCCAGAAAGUAAAAUCAAGCACUACAUGUAUCAACUCUGCAAGUCACUGGACCACAUGCACAGCUGUGGGAUCUUCCACCGAGAUGUCAAGCCAGAGAACAUCCUGAUCAAACAAGACGUGCUGAAGCUGGGGGACUUUGGCUCCUGCAGGAGUGUGUACUCCAAGCCACCUCACACAGAGUACAUCUCCACACGCUGGUACCGCGCCCCGGAGUGCCUCCUGACCGACGGACACUAUUCCCUCAAAAUGGACAUGUGGAGUGUUGGCUGUGUCUUUUAUGAGAUCAUCAGUCUCAAGCCCUUGUUUCCAGGAACGAAUGAGCUGGACCAGGUAGCAAAGAUCCACGAGGUUCUAGGAACACCUGACUCCAGCCUUCUGCAGAAGUUCAAGCAGUCCAGGGCGAUGCGGUUUGACUUCCCCUCCCGGAAGGGCAGUGGGAUCUCCCAGUUGAUUCCCAACUGCCCCGCCCCCGGCCUGUCCUUGCUUUACCAGAUGUUGGCCUAUGACCCUGAGGAACGCAUCAGUGCCCGUGCCACCCUGCAGCACGUCUACUUUAGGGACCUUCGGCUGGCAGAGAGGAGAGCUGACGGUCUUCGAAGGGCCAUAGGGACUGUGGAGGGAGGGGAGAGCAGUGGGACCCCCAACUCUGUGGACAAACUGUGGCGCAUGGCCAGACAGGGCAGGAGGCAGCACAACAUUAAGCAUGUGGCUGAGCCUCUCCUGAGACGCAAUGCCCCACACUACAAGAUGGAGCUGCCCAAGCUCAGCGUUGUGGUGCCCGCCCCGCAGAUAUCCUUUCCUGUCUCCACCAUGCCCGCGCUGGGCAUCUCUCACCGAGGCUCCCUCCCUGCCAUCACCUCCAAGAAGUGCCACUCGCGGCUGGCUAAGCCCAGGGAGGAGUCCCACCGCUCGGCCUUCAAGGCCUACUACAUGCCGCCCCUGGAGAGGAAACGCGGAGGCUACUAAACAGCCUUUGCCCCAACAGUCUGUGGGAGAAAAAGACCAGAUUGGACUGUUCUUUCUGUAAAUAUGAAUAAAUCUGCUUGUUUGAGAUGUUGAGGAUAACAUGGUUUAACCCAAGUCAAGCCUGCCACCUUGUGGAAAGCAGGGCUGAGCUUGUGUCCAAGUAGCAAUAGCUACUGGGGAUGUACAUUUGAAGUGCAAAUGAAAUACAAUGUGCUUUUCAAAGUA